CGUUGAAAUGUCGCGCGCUUGUGGCGCACGUGACCCGGAAGAGGAGGACCCCGUUAGGGGACGCGCGUGCAACAUUGCUGAGCACCGACGUGCAAUAUACUGUCCAUGGUGUUCAAGAUCUGAAUGCAAGUGCUAGGUGUCACAGGAUGGACAGUGGGCAGGCGGGCCCAAGGCAGACCCGGCGGCGCAUGCUGCUGGGCAUAGGGGUGCUGCUUCUGGUGGACUUUAUCUGGGUGGCAUCUUCAGAGCUCACCUCGUACAUCUACACAGAGUUCAACAAACCGUUCUUCAGCACCUUUGUGAAGACAUCUCUGUUUUCUCUCUACCUACUGGGCUUUGUGCUGUGGCCACCAUGGAGACGAGCUUGUGCACAGGGAUGCCCUGCCCAGUCGAGGGAGCCACUCUAUGUACCCGUGGAGGACAAUGAAGAAGACGAUACCACAGGUGAAAGGCCAUCGGGGUGCGCAGCGGGUCCUGCAGAGUGCGCGGCCACCCCUGUGGAGUGCCGAACGCCCUUGCUGCAGGACUCCGUGUCUGCAGAAGGUUCCCCCCCAUGCAACAGGAAGCUCUCGGUUGCACAAGUAGCCAAGCUCAGCUUCUCUUUCUGCUUCGUGUGGUUCUUGGCAAACUUCUCCUAUCAGCAAGCCCUGGCCUUCACACACGUGGCCAUAGUGAACAUCAUUUCUUCAACCUCGGGUCUCUUCACACUGGUGUUGGCAGCAUUGCUUCCCAGCAGCAGCAAUGACCGGUUCUCUCUCUCCAAGCUCUUGGCAGUCUUACUGAGCAUUGGUGGUGUGCUGCUUGUUAGUCUCUCGACUGUGGCGAGCUCUUCUGCUGAGGCUGUGAUGGCAGGCUGCAUCUGGUCCUUGCUUGGAGCUCUGCUGUACGCCACAUACCUGGUGCUGCUGCAGCGGAGUGCAGGAGGCGACCGUCAGCUGGACAUACCCAUGUUCUUCGGCUUUGUGGGGCUCUUCAACCUGCUUUGCCUGUGGCCUGGCUUCCCGCUGCUUCACUACGCAGGAUUUGAGACAUUUGUGUUUCCCAGCAACACUGUGUGGGCCUACAUCCUCAUCAAUGGCCUGGUGGGCACUGUACUCUCCGAGUUCUUGUGGCUCUGGGGCUGCUUUCUGACCACAUCCCUCAUGGGCACCCUUGCCCUGAGCCUCACCAUCCCACUCUCCAUCGUCGCAGACAUCUUCACUCAGAAGGCGAGUUUCUCCUGGCUCUUUUUUCUGGGCGCCAUGCCGAUUUUCCUGUCGUUUUCUGGGACUGCUCUCCUCACCCACUACAGCGACUGGGACCCUGUCGGUGCCCUGGCGAUGAAGGGAGCGGCGCUGCUCUGUCCACGCAGACAGCGCCGCAGAUCACCAGAAGACAUUGCCCAGACAUCGAGGUUGAUCCCUGAAGAGUAAAAUCAGAUGGAAAUCUUGGUGAUCUUGAAAUCACGAAGCUGCCAUUGGUUUUGGUUUUUGUACAUAUUACUUUUACUUCAACACUUGAACCACAUUACUUCAGUCUUCCAUGACUGAUGCUCAAAACUAUUAAUUAAAUUGUAUUAAUGACCUACUCAUGGUUAUUUCUCUACUCAGGAUAAUAAUUUUCGCCCGGUGUUGUUUACCAGGACGUAAUGGAAAUAUGUUAAACAGUCUUUACCCAAGUUGUUAUUGAACAUCUGGGACUCUCUCGAAUCUUGAUUAAAUGCUUUCGUCGGUCAUUAUGGACCUGUGUAGGUCUAGAUGGACGAAACUUGUACAGUCAAAUCUUUAUACUACCAAGUGUGUGUAUAGUUUUACUGUAUUAGCCACGCUAAAACUGCUCAUAAUUAUUUAAUUGUGGACAUUAGACCAUGGCAACACCUUCGGUUGCAUAGUAAUCUUUUGAAAAGAUGUGGGUGUAUAUAAUAGCUAACUUUUUUGUACCAAAAUUACAACAACAUUUGCACAUAAAAUUAACUCAGAUAUAUAACAUAAAAAAAACUUUUCACGUGCUUUCAACUUACUCUUUGGUUGUCUAGAUACAACAGGUUAAAAGUUACAAAUGUGUAAGUGUGAGUUAAUGGCCACACAUUUUUUUUGCUAUUUUCUAAAUCAAAUUUUGUCAAAUGAUAGGACUCAAAACUAUUUUUUUUAAAUAUAUAAAUGUGUUUAUGCUGUAAACUGAAUUUUUUUUUAUCAAUUCAAUACGAGACACGUGUUGAUUUCACAUGGAAUAUUAUCUGUGAUUUCCAUUCCCUGGUGGUAAGCGGCAACAUUUGCAUAAACUCGGCAGUUGGAUUCCUGUCGCUGCCCAAUAAUUUUGUGAGGAAGCAUGAGCCACUCUGUGCUGUGAAGUAAACAUUGAGAACCCAGGCGCAUUAUGUGCAAGUACAAGCCAUUAUGUGCCAUUAUUGUAUCCCAAAUUCUUAAAUGUAAUUACAACUAAACUACAGUUUACUCAGUAAAAUACACAGUAAACCUUUAUUAGCUUUUACCUGGUGAAAUAAAAAGCAUUUUACUUUUUUUGAAAUAAAUAUAAAUUGUUAGAACUCGAUGUUGGUGAAAGUUGUUAUGGAGGGGUCUUGUGGAGGGGUCAUGUUUCAUUUAAACUAUUUAAAUGUUUAUUUUACCAGUUAAGGCUGACUGAUCUCUAUAGCUCUUUUUCAAAAGCGACCUGGCCACAAAUGAUAGCCCAAUGAAGUGGCCAAUCAUGUGGAAAUUUAUAGCGGGCAAAUAUUCUAAACGCAUGAUUCUAAAUGUGGAAAAAACGGAGGACAUGCAAGUGUCGGGGUCAGGAUCAAACCCACGACCUGUAUACCAGGUGAGGUAGUUAACAUACCACCAUGGUGCCCAUGCAUCUGUGGGAGAGGCUUUGUGGAGCGAUCACUGGGCUUGACAUCUGCAGCCAUCACUUAUCUGAAGACAUUUUGGUAGAAAUAUCAAGUUCUUAUGGUGAGCACCAAACACCCUUUAGUGGACAACCACUGUUGACUCCCCACGCAGUGCUGCUCAGCAGGUAGUAGAUGUUUUAAUGACCCUGGAGGUCAAUGAAAUGAGCAGUGCCUGAUUACCUGAGUUGACCCUGCUGUGAUUUGAGCUCACGAUUUCAAGACUGGGAGUCAUGCCGCUUAUACGCUCGGCUAAAUUCCAUUCAAAACAGCCAGCUUCCUGAUGACCUUGUUUCAAGAUAUAGGAUGGACCUUGUAAAUAUGUAGUGUGAUCUAUGGAGGCACACACGGGAAUUCUGAAGCACAACGUGUAUUUAACGACCCUAUCAGGGUAACUCCCUAAUAUAGAACAUAGAUAACUAGACCCCAACAGGGCCACUACAUAACGCACACUUUAUCCAUUUAACGGGGUAACUAGAUAACCGCCAAGCGUGACAACCACCGAAGACCGAAGCGACGAUCAAAGACCGAAGAGCGGGGGCUUUCAAGUUGAUGCCACAAUAGAGCCGCGAUUGUUCUCCGACCAGCCCUCUUAUCCUGCUGAGCGUGGCCUCGCUCAGCUUCCAGCCACGCCCCCCUCGGGAUCUUUCCCGAAGGGUCUGGGGUCAGUGUCACAUGUUCUUCAAGCCCCCUUUUGGGCCACCUUUGCUAUCCUGUGCCAGUCACGUGCCCUCUCGGCGUCACCCCAUGGUCACGUCCUCAUGUGUCCUCUCUCUACCCGUCAACGAAACACGUCCUCGAGGGCCCACUUCCCUGCCCUCCCUACGCCGGUGCUGAGAGACACCCAAUUCCGGCUUGUGACCCUAGAUGGCGCAUAUGCUAUAGUGACCCUAUGACCGUCUCUACAAAUAAAAAAAAUUGGCUGAAAAAUGGAAA